AUGAACGAUCGCAAAACUCUACUCCAGAUAGAAAUGGAAGAAGAAGAUCGAUCAAGGAAACAAAUCUCCGUUUCAUCUACAAGGUCUCAAGUUGUAAACGCAAACGCAUCUCUAACCGGUCCAUCCGAGGUUGCGUUUAACGUUUGCUGCUUAUGCGUUUAUUGUCCUCUUUGUGUUCUUUGGUGCUGCAUCAAACAGCCUUGUACAAUCGGAUGGAGAGCUAUCUUAAACGCAAGACGCCGAUUAAGCGGUUGUGCCGGUUGCGGUAGAAGCUUUAGCAGGAGGAUUUUAGCCGCGGAUUAUUCAUCGUUUUCGGAUAUUGAUUCCGAUGACGUGAAAUGCAAAACGCAUAAUUGCUCAAGGCGAGUCCGGUGA